UAAUCAUGAAGGAAAGGCAUUCGCCAUUCCAAGUCCAAUCUAUGUCCAAGUGCUCCUUCGAAUUCGUCUUUCCAUCACCGUUUUGAAACUGACUACGGGGCAAAGCAGCUGCARUCAUMACCAUGUCCUCUACACAAGAAGUCGGUGACAUUUUCGGACAAGGAAAGGGCUCGGCACAAGCCAUGUUGCGGAGCCCUACGGUGCUAAUUUUGUGCAUCGGAUUGUGGGGGAUGAACAUAUUCUUUUUUCGGUUGUUCGGUAUCGAUUUCAAAUACGUCCUAAACUAUGAUCUGAUAGAGAUUGACAAGGAAGAAAAAGAGAAGAAGCGGCGGAUGCGCGAUGGAUACAGCGAGGCAGCGACAAGCGAASCAAUUACUWGCGCGAACAAUAGCAAUCAUACGGUUUCUCCUAACAAUUUGGAGCUUGUUGAAACUGGAGCUUCCAAAACUAGCAUUUCUGCGACGACGCCUAAGACACGGUCGUCGUCACCAGCAAAGAUAAACAACAAUACCAGCAGCAAUGGCACCAACAAUGGUAUCUCACGGCACAAGCCGCAUUUGACAUCGUCCACCGCGCCGCCGGAGUCCUACUCCGUUAUCGACCCCGUCAUUGCGGUUUCAUGGAGCAAAUUGGUGCUCUUCAGUGUGGUCCUCCUCUUCCUCUUGCACUUUUCAACACAUUAUUGGAUGGAUCAUUUGCACCGUAGUUCGAUCGGAGCCGUUGCUUUUUUCUACAGCACGAUGAUGCUUUAUAUUUUCUUUCCGAUAAAGCAAAACGAAUGGCUCCGUAGAUCCUUUGUCAUUGUUCUCAAGAGAACCUGGGCCCUCAUCCAUCCGCGGUGUUCCUGCAUCCGGCUUAUUGGGACGAAACAAAUCCCGCGUCGGAUACCAUUUGUCGAUGUAUUCUACGCCGAUGCCAUGUGCUCACUUUCCAAAGUCUUUUUCGAUUGGGGGAUGCUCGCCCACCAGGCGGUUCACUAUCCCUACCCGGUGCCGGCAGCGACGCACAACAUUGUAAUUCCUUCGAUGUGCGCCGCCCUGCCGUAUUUGAUUCGGGCUCGGCAGUGCCUGAUCAUGCACCGGGUGGGGAAGCUCCAGCGGGAUCCGAAGCGAUAUCAGCACAUGAUGAAUGCCUUCAAGUACAGUACCAGUAUGUAUCCAUUGAUCCUAUCGGCCUACAUAAAGACCUUUUCAGCAGCCGACGAUACCUCCAACCUGGAACGGAUACUGGUGGUACUAUUAACGUAAGUAUGCAAGAAGUUGUGUUUUCUUCUUGGCUGGCCUCAGCGGGCUUACCGACUGACUGUGGAAACUCAAAGUGCCGACGACAUGACUGUCUCACAACCAGUUUUGUGUUCAAUGUGUUUUUCUACACAGUGUUAACGCAUCAUAUUCUUUGUAUUGGGACAUUGUCAUGGAUUGGGGAAUGAUGCAAGAUCCAUACAAAGUAGCACAAACCGCCUGCGGAGUGGGAAUUCCUCCUUCCACUCGCAAGGGGCACACCGACUCUUGCCACCAUUUAUGUCUGCGCCCGCGGCUGCGAUACGGACUAACACUGACGGCACUCAUUGUAGCAGCGGAUUCCAUGUUGAGAUUUAGCUGGAUGCUAAAGUUUGUCCCGAAACUAUUCCCCAGCAACGAUGCCUUUGUCCUCUGCACACAAUUCUUGGAGGUCUUUCGACGAGGAAUCUGGAAUUUGUUGCGAGUGGAAUGGGAAAACAUCAAGCAAUCGAAGAAGGCGCCCCACCAACCGUCCCACCAGGUGAAGGCUCAUGAUUCUCUUAGCGACGUUGAUCCUCUCGACGAGCAACACCGGGUGUUUCUGCUCGACGUCGAUGAUGGUGACUCAAACUCCUUGGGAGGAACAGUGAACUCAACCGCAAUGCCUGGAGGUAGACAAAACGAAGAUACACCGGAAGCUUCUAUGGAAAUGAAAAUUCUUCGGUAGAAUCAGAAUGAUAUGUUUUCUCAAGUCAAGAGGAGAAAAAAGAUCUAGGAGAACCCCAAGCAAGUUUCCGUUCUGUGAUCAGUGCCACCUUUGUUGCUGUCCGUCCGAAGAACCUCUACCAUUUUCUACGAGCCAAUCCUUUACUUUCUGAAGGUCACGUCGUAUUCCAAAUCGGAACCACAGGCGAUGACGCUACCAAUGAAUAUCGAUACCAAUAACAAGACAUCUUUCACGAAUUAUCGAUUGAAUCAGCUUGUUAUUAUUKUUUUUCCAAGAAGAUUUGCAUGUAGUACUUCUAAUUGGUUUCGAAUAUUGAACGAAGGGAUUGUCUUUAUUCAUGAUUUUCUAAUUGCUGGACGGCUCCGUUGAAGUGUGAGCGUGCGUUGUUCAGUAGUAGCAGUAGUAGUAGCAGUAUCAUAGGAUUAUCA